UCAUUCGCGCAUCCAGGACCGUGGUACCUUUCGAACCACCUCCGCCAUAGCUCUCUGCCCUCCUCGUACAGCACAUCCAAUUCAACCAGAGCUCUCACAAUGGCGUCCAAGCGGGAUAUGCGUCGGCCGGACCUGAUCGUCCCCUAUCAGGAGCCCAAGGCCAAGGGCGACUCCACCGAGCUCUCCUCGACGCUGUCUUCUACCCUGCCAAUGGCUGCGAUGCUUACGCGCAACAAGUUUAUCGGAUGGGCUUCCGUCGUCUUCAGUAUUCAGACUUGGCUUGGUGAGAGCGAGGAGACGAAGAAGAGCUCCGCGACGCCGGGAUACUUCUCCGUGGGCAUGUCAGUUAUGGCUCUUGCCGUCAGCUACCUGCCCCUCUUCCUCCCUCCUCCCGCCCAACGAGGCGCCGCGACUGGCACCGGUCCCGCUGCCCCCGUUCCUCCUGCGUAG